CCUGAUGUCAAGUGCGCGUGUGUGACUGCGUCGAGAAACGCCGAGCCGAAAUGCCCUGGGUGCUGCACUAAGACUAUCUCGAUCUACCUUAUCUCUCAAGAUCUAGACACUGAUGCCGAAAAGGUGCAUGGCCGUUCAGCGUAUACUCUCAUCAGUAUCCUCAUCAUAGUCAGACAAAUAUCACCAGGGCAAACACCAACCGUGCCAGGAUGA